AUGUCUGGCGGUGAUGAGGAGCCGUUUCGGCCGGGUCCUUCUUUCCACAGCCGCGAUGGAAACAACGCCAACGAUAAACAAAAUUUUUCCUCGCCAUUUCACGACCGGUUUCAGUUCGAAAAUACAGAAGAGAUGACACUGGACACGGACGCAAGCAUGUUCGACAACAGCCGAAACGGUGCAGUAUCAGCACCUUCAACGGCAUCCAGAGCAGGUUCGAUUCUCAAACGCAAAGGUCAGAUUAAAAGGAAGCCAUCCGCCAAACUAGCAUUCGCCGAAAGCGACAAGCCCCAGGAGUUUCAAGAGCUAUCGCUGGAAUCGGAUGGAGACGAUUCCCACUCUUUCACGGGCACACCCAGAGUGACUCAGUUGGCAGGAUUCGAGGACCCGAGACCAGAACUCAACAAUGAUGACAAUGAAGUCCCAGAAUCGCAUGCGCAGGGCAUGAAGCGGAUGCGUUGGGGUACCAAAAGGACCAAAAAGGGCACCCCCAGUGUGGGGCGCGCAAGAACACUCCGGUGGGCCAAGAAAAACUUACACAACCCGUUUGAGGACGACAAAAAGCACGAAAACGACGCAGACAGCUCCAGAAACAGCGAGGACGCCGACAGCAGUAAUCGCGCGUCAGAACUGCGAUUCAUCUACUAUAACAUGCCCUUGCCCGCGGAGUAUCUCGACGAGGAUGGAAAGCCCGCCAUCGACUACGCCCGUAACAAGAUCAGAACAACGAAGUACACUGCGCUUUCGUUUUUCCCCAAAAACUUGUCUUUCCAGUUCAAAAACGUAGCCAACGUUUAUUUCUUGGUGUUGAUUAUCCUCGGUUUCGUCGACAUCUUUGGUGUCACGAACCCUGGGCUGCAAACAGUGCCCCUGAUUGUCAUCGUGGUGCUAACAGCAAUCAAAGAUGCCAUUGAAGACUCCCAACGUACAAUUCUGGACAUGGAGGUUAAUAAUACAAUCACUCACAUUCUUUCGGGUAUUCCAAAUCCAAACGUGUCCGAAGACAACGUUUCGGCGUGGAGAAAGUUCAAAAAGGCCAAUUCUAGAGUUCUUUUUAGCUUUAUCGAGUUCUGCAAGGCAACCUUAAGUAAAGAGGGUCGUCGUGCCGCAGCGCAACGCCGGAGAGAGCAACAUCACAGAAUGGCUCCUGGAACACCUCGUAAUUCUUUAGACACCGUUGGUAGUUACAGGCCCUCAGGAGUCUUUGGACGCGAAUCUCUGGAUUACGACGAUGUAGGUCAAUUGGUGACGUCAGAUGAGGCAAAUGUUAUCGAUAAAACCAUGACUGCUAGAACGGAUUGCAAGUUUGCAAAAGAUUAUUGGAAAAGUGUAAAGGUCGGAGACAUCGUGCGUAUACAUAACGACGAUGAGAUUCCUGCAGAUAUUGUUUUGUUGUCUUCCUCUGACGCGGAUGGUGCUUGUUACGUCGAAACAAAGAACUUGGAUGGAGAAACCAACUUAAAAGUUCGGCAAUCACUUCGUUGCUCACACCACAUCAGAAACUCUCGUGAUGUCACUAGAACCAAAUUCUGGCUAGAAAGUGAAGGUCCCCACAACAAUUUAUACUCAUAUCAAGGGAACUUGAAGUGGGUGGAUAGCGAGGAUAACCAGCUGAAAAAUGAACCCGUUAACAUCAAUAACCUUCUCUUGAGAGGAUGCUCGCUAAGGAAUACUAAGUGGGCUAUGGGUAUGGUUGUCUUUACUGGUCAAGAUACAAAGAUUAUGCUCAACUCGGGUGUCACUCCUACCAAAAAAUCUAGAAUUGCAAGAGAGCUAAACUUUUCCGUCGUCAUGAAUUUCGUACUGCUAUUUGUCCUGUGUUUGGCAUCAGGUAUAGUUAACGGCAUUUACUACCGCUGGAAAAAUGAAUCUAGAAAAUUCUUUGAGUGGGGAACGGUUGCUGGAUCUCCGGCCGCUAAUGGUGUGUUGGCAUUUUGGGUUGCAGUCAUCCUGUACCAAUCGUUGGUCCCAAUCAGUUUAUACAUUACUUUGGAAAUUGUGCGGACUGCCCAAGCAGCAUUUAUCUACGGGGAUGUUUUAUUAUACAAUAGAAAGCUGGACUAUCCUUGUACACCAAAGACAUGGAACAUUUCUGAUGAUUUGGGCCAGAUUGAGUAUGUUUUUUCUGAUAAAACGGGUACCUUGACCCAAAAUGUCAUGGAGUUUAAGAAAUGUACCAUCAACGGGGUCUCAUACGGUAGAGCUUACACCGAGGCUUUAGCAGGUCUCCGUAAACGGCAAGGAAUUGAUGUUGAAACAGAGGCUGCUGUAGAGCGUGCUGUUAUCCAAGAAGACAAAAGAGCCAUGAUCAAAGGGUUGAUGGCUUUGAGUCCAGGUCAAGAGAUCGAUGAACAGGCUCUCACUUUUGUGUCGAAAGAGAUCGUUCAAGAUCUCAAAGGUGAGAGUGGUGAAUACCAGAAAAGUUGUAACGAGCAUUUCAUGCUUGCUUUGGCGCUUUGUCAUUCCGUGCUUGUUGAGAAGUCUAAGACAAACCCAGACAAGCUGGAACUCAUGGCUCAGUCUCCUGAUGAAGCUGCCUUGGUGGGUACGGCAAAAGAAAUGGGAUUUUCUUUUGCUGGAAAGACCAAGACGGGUUUGAUUGUGGAAGUCCAGGGCGCUAAGAAGGAGUUUCAAAUUCUCAAUAUACUGGAAUUCAAUUCCACAAGAAAAAGAAUGAGCUGCAUCGUGAAAUUGCCAGGUGUUACACCAAAUUCUAAACCAAGAGCACUUUUGAUCUGCAAGGGUGCUGACUCGGUCAUUUACUCGAGGCUCAAAAGGAAUGGUGGACAAAAAGAGGUGCAACUGCUUGAAAAGACGGCUCUACAUUUGGAGCAAUACGCAACAGAGGGUUUGAGAACUCUGUGUAUUGGUCAGAGAGAGAUUUCAUGGGAAGAGUACGAAGGCUGGAAUCGCUCCUACGAAAUUGCUGCCAGUUCUUUAACGGAAAGAGAAGAAGAAAUGGAAAAAAUGGCUGAUGUUAUUGAGAGAGAACUUACACUGUUGGGUGGUACAGCCAUUGAAGAUCGUCUUCAGGAUGGUGUUCCUGACUCUAUCGCAAUUUUAGGAGAGGCAGGAAUCAAGCUUUGGGUAUUGACUGGUGACAAGGUCGAAACAGCCAUCAACAUUGGGUUCUCCUGUAAUCUACUAAACAGUGAAAUGGAACUUCUUGUUAUUAAGACUGCUGGCGACGACGUUGAAGCAGAAGGUAGAACGCCAUUUGAGAUUGUCGAGUCCAUGAUUGAAAAACACUUGCGCGAAAGCUUUGGCCUCACCGGAUCCAUCGAAGAGCUUGAAGAGGCUAAAAAACAACAUGAGCCUCCAACUGGAAAUCGUGGUGUUAUCAUUGACGGAGAUGCCUUAAAAUUGGCCUUGGAAAACGACGAUAUUUCUCGUAGAUUUUUGAUUCUAUGCAAACACUGCAGAGCUGUGCUGUGUUGCAGAGUGUCUCCUUCUCAAAAGGCAGCUAUUGUAAAGCUGGUCAAAAAUUCCCUAGAUGUUAUGACUCUGGCAAUUGGAGACGGUUCUAAUGAUGUGGCCAUGAUUCAAUCCGCCGACGUUGGGGUGGGUAUUGCAGGUGAAGAAGGAAGACAGGCUGUCAUGUCCUCGGAUUACGCCAUUGGGCAGUUCAGAUACUUGACGAGACUACUUCUGGUUCACGGAAGAUGGUCGUACAAACGACUCUCGGAAACGAUUCCUUCUUUUUUCUACAAGAACGCAAUUUUCACUCUGGCGCUGUUCUGGUAUGGAAUCUACAACAACUAUGACGGCUCCUAUCUGUUCGAGUACACUUACCUUAUGUUCUACAAUUUAGCCUUCACUUCUGUGCCAGUUAUCCUGAUGGGUAUCUUCGACCAAGAUGUCAAUGACGUGGUAUCGUUACUGGUACCACAGCUUUACCGCGUUGGUAUUUUGAGAAGCGAAUGGGGCCAAAAAAAAUUCUGGUGUUAUAUGAUUGAUGGCAUGUACCAGUCCGUCAUCUGCUUUUUCUUCCCAUAUUUGGUGUACUACAAGACCGGCCUUGUCACCAACACUGGGCUUCCUUUGGAUCACAGAUAUUUUGUGGGUGUUGUUGUAGUCAGCAUUGCUGUGAUCUCAUGCAAUCUCUACCUUUUCAUGCACCUCUACAGAUGGGAUUGGUUUUCUGCACUUUUCAAUGCGCUUUCGUGUUUGGUCCUUUAUGGAUGGACGGGUAUAUGGUCUACUUUCACUACAAGCGGAGAAUUUUACAAAAGUGCAGCGAGAGUCUUUGGGUCCCCAAUGUACUGGGCUGUCCUUUUUGUCGGUGUUUUGUUUUGUAUGAUGCCUCGGUUUACGUUUGACGUUGUUCAGAAAUUGUUUUUCCCCAGGGAUGUGGAUAUCAUACGUGAAUACUGGUUGAAGGGUCAUUUCGAUCAAUAUCCAGAAGGUUAUGACCCCACCGAUCCGGAUAGACCUAACGUCGGUAGUAUCAGAACCAAACUUUCUGGCAAUGCGCAAAACGAGCAUUUGAACCACCUCGAUGCCGCAGUCAAUGAAAAUGCAGUAUCUCGCGACACUGUGGUUACUGAGGACAUCCCUAUGAGCUUCAUCGCUAGCACGGAGACGUCGCCGGGUAGGUACCGCCGUUCAUCUGCUCCUAGAACAUCGCUUGAUAGAACGCGGCAGCAAAUGCGUAAGUCAAAUGAGUUGGAUGUACGUUACUCUGUGGAAAGAGCCAGAACUUCUCACGAGCUACCAGGUGUCACGAGAGCUGAGGUUUUGAUGCGUCACGAGUAG